AUGCCGCCCCCGCAGCCACAGCAGCCGCCAAGCCACCCAGCGCACACAGGGCCGCCGCCCCGCCAUCCGAAGCACCGCAUCCGCCCUCGCAGCCUCGCCGGUGAAGUCCGGGAGGGAGGACACCGCCUCGCCCCCGAGACAGCGCGACCUCGCGCAGCCCACGAGAGCCCAUCCGGGCCCGUGCGCGCGCCGCCAAGCCCCGCAACGCCCGCGCCACAGCACCACCGCCGCGCCCCGACCACGACCAGGCCGCGCGCCACCACGGCCGCUCUGCAGCCCCGCCGGCCGCCCAGCCGGCCGGCCCACCCGCGCCCGCCGCACCUCGACGCGCUCGGGCGAGCUCCUCCUCGCCAGGGGACGCGGGAGGGGGAGAAACUGCCCCGCCGCCACCUUCCCCGGGCGCGCGCGCUUUGCCGGCCCCCCUCCGGCGGCGGCGAAGCAAGGGAGAGGAUCGGGGUGGGGCUAGAGGCGGCGGCGGCAAGGGUUCCCCCCUUGUCGCCAGAGGAGGGCGACGCGGGGGGACGGGGGUGGUCUCAUUGUUUCCAGUUAUGCCUUAGUAUAUGUAAUUGCAACUAUGUUUAA